AUGGAAUUCGUUUAUGAUGAAACAGCAGCAAAUGCUGCAUCUGGUGAAGAUAUCAAUGAACAUAAAGUUCAACAGGAUGAAAAAACUGAACAAAUGUUCAAUAAGCUUGAGCAAGAGGUGAAUAAACAGUAUGAGAAGACUACUGAGACUUUGCAAAAGUAUAUUCAGGAAGAUGAAGAAGGUAUUCAUAUAAAUAUUCCUAUUGAAGGUGCUGUUGCAGAAAAGGCACAAGAAUAUUUGCAAAGUUUAGAUGCUAAUUUACAAAAUGUAGAGACUGCUGCUCAAGGAUACUGGAAUAAAGUUUCUAACACCGGGUUUUGGUCUUCUGUAUCUGAUACUUUGAGUUCAAAAUUGGAUCAAGUCGUUCAAUUGGGUACAGAAGCUGUUAAUUCAGGCUUAUCACCAGAAGAAACAAUAAAGGACAGUGGCACUCCAGUAGCUGUAGCAGGGAAUAGAACAGAAGCUGAACUAAGAGAAUUGGUUACUAAUGAGAAGAUAUAUACAGAGAAUAAGUUAUCUUUGGAUGAAAAUUUCGAUGUCGAUUCUAAGACUGAUGAAAUUUCAAAGAUAUUAGAGGGAAACGUUGAAUUGUCAAACUUAAUGAAUACUCUAGUACCACAAUCAGUUCCAUAUAAAGAUUUUUGGAAUAUUUAUUUUGCUCAAAAGACCAAGAUUUUGGAAAUGGAAGACAAGAGAAAGAAAAUUCUUGAAAGCAAAUCUACUGAAAAGGAAAUGAGCGGUUGGGAUGACGAUGAAGAUGAAGAAGAACAGCCAGUUAUUGUUCAAAAAGAAGAAGUAAUGGAACUUGAAACUAAAGCAGAAGAAACAAAAAAUAAGAAAGCUGCUAAGAACAAAAAUAAGCAAACCAAUAAGGAAAAAAAGAAGGAUAAGAAAUCUAACAAGAAACAAGAAAAGUCUGUAAAAGAAGAGGAACCAAAGGUAGAGGAACCAAAGGUAGAGGAACCAAAAGUAGAGGAACCAAAAGUAGAGGAAAAACCUAUUGAAAAAGUAGCUGCUUCUGUUGAAGAAGAAGAAGAUGAUGAUGAUGACGAUUGGGAAUAG